GACCUGCACCAGGCUGGGAAGACUGAAUCUGCAAUAGGAGCGGUGCUUCCAGUAGGCGGCCUCCUCCUGGGUGAGUCCUUCAUCGAGCCCCUGAGCAGCAUGGUGGUCCGGGUGGGCGGCGGUAGCAUCCGGGCUGGGAAGCUGGUGCCUCAUGCCGGGGGGUUCCAGGCUCUACUGAACAGCCAGACUCUGGUUGCCCGUAUCCGCCUGGUGGAGCUUCUGCGUGGGCUCAGAGAGGACUGGGGCUCUGGGGAGAUGGGUUUGCUGGGUCUGCAGGCCCAGAGGAAGGAGACUGAGCUGGGACGGAUCCAGGCUGCAGCCAAGGAGUUGGAGCAGGCCUGGGGGAAAGGGCUACACUGUCACCUGCAGCUGCUGAGCAGGCUGGAGACCCUGCUGGACUGGGCCUGGGGCGUUGCCCAAGAUGGUGGCGUCCAAGGAGAAAUCCAUCUCCCUGGUGCUGAUCUGUCCCUGCCGGCACUGCCUGGGAUGGAGUAUCCUGACCCACAGGGCUCUGGCCUAACGGUUCCCAUCCUGGGGGCUCAAAUGGACCCUGUGUCAGGACUCGCUGUCCCCCUGGCUGGAACCAUGGAGGACCCAGAUGGCAAAGGACUAGUUGCGAUUCGUUUUGGGGCCCUGACAGUGGACCCUGUAACAGGGGUGCUGGCACCUGUUGUGGGGGUUCGCCUGGAUGUGUCCAGACAGACUGUUGUGCCUGUUACUGCUUCAUACUGCCUGGCUCUGGGAGAUAAUACUGACAGUGUGCUGGUGGAGGCCCUGCGGAAGGAGUGGUGUCUGAGGAACAGGUACUGGAAAGAGGAGAAACAGAAGGAGGAGGAGCUGCUAGGGGAUCUGGAUGCAGCUCUGCAGCACUGUGUCCUCGUGGCCACUCAGGAGGAUUCUGAGCAGGCCCACUGGGUGGACAACGAGAGGCAGCUGAGGGAGGCUACAGCGGAGCUUCAUGAGGCUGGCCAGUCAGAAGCCCAGAGGAGAGCAUCCCAGCUCUCAGACCUGUCUCUGCUCCUGCCUCCUCACGUUCUGCUCAUCCUCACUCAAGGUGAUGAUAAGGAGUGGGAGCAGCAGUGCUGCUGGCAGACAGAGCUGGUGGCUGGGCUGGACAGGGUGAACGUGUGCGUGGAGAAACUGCAGCAAGACCAGGAAAGAUGGACAGCACAGAGAGGAGAGCAGAUGCCAUCAAUCCAUGUCAUGGAUGGGAAACUGAGACAGAUAGAAAUAUGGGAGCAGCUAAACUCCAGGCAGGCAGAACUAGAUGCUGCUCUUAUAGCGCUGCGUUGUGUCCGAGAACUCUGCCAACUCCGUGCAGAUACAGCGCAGUCUGUGUUAUCAGGUUCCUUCUGGUACAAGGAGUUUGGGCUGGCCAGGCUGAUGGUCCCCAGUAACCCUCUGAAGGUGGUGUCGUUGACCCAGCAGAAAGCUGUGCCUCUCCUGGAGCGACUCAUUCAGCUUCUGGAGGAGAACAAAGAGCCAAGUCUCUCCCCGAGCACCUACCGCCAGCGCAUCUCUGGUUUGUCAACAAAACAAACGUUUGGAUUGGAGACAUGUUCUCGUGCAUGGACAGAGUCCGUGCCUGUGGUUAAAGUGAGAGAUUUCUAUGAAGGAAUCUCCACCCAGUCUCUGAGAGACCCAAUGAAGGCUCAGCCUCAGGACCAGGAUUCGAAGGGCCCCAGUGUCCCCCAGCCCAGUCCUCCCCACUCACAGACAGCUCACAGAAAAGCUGCCAUCUCUGACAUACACUCACAAGAGGGCGAGCCUAUGAAAGAAUCUGUUCAGCAGUCACAUGUCUGUGUCCCCACACUGUCAGAGGGGGAGUGGGAUAAACUGCUGGAGCUCUCCCCACUCUUCCAGCUUCUAAAGCGUGUGGAAAGGAAGCUGAGGGGCCCAGCGCAAGAUGCAGGACUUCUGAGGGGGGAGCUCGACGGCAGAGCGAGCUCUUUUAUUGACUAUCUGGAUGCACAGUGGGAGUGUGAAGGAGAGCUGCUCCUUCUUGACCCAGGUCGUCUUAAUCCCAGAGAGUUCCUGGUCUACCACCAUGGACUAUUCCUACUGCAAACACUACACACUCUCGAACUGACUCCAGCAGUGUCACUCCAGAUAGCAACUAGUCUUCCAUCCAAUAACUACAAAUACAACGCCUUCCGGAAUUCCUUCUUUUAUCAGGAGGCUGAGAAGACAGUGUUUGUGCGUCGCCAGAGACUGCAGUCAGUGGGAGGAUUCUCUCUGCUCCUCUUGCACUGUAUGUCACAUGUCGCUGUUGGGGACAUGAGCGUCGACUCCAGUCCUACCUUCCAACGGGCUUUCUUCAAGCUGCUGCAAGCAUGUCUGGGUGAGCUAUUCGAGGCCCGACUAGAGAGUUCCUCAAUGGGUAUGGAAUGUGCUGCUCCACAGAGCUCCAUGCCAUGGGACUCCCACCCCACCUCCCUGCUGGAGGGGCUUCAGAGGCCCAGUCGGGGGCUCCUUUCACAGGAAGAGGUGGAGGGACUCCUGCAGAAGCACAGGGAGGAUUUGGUGUUCCUCCAUGUUGAAAGGCUGUUGAGAAAGAAGAGCUUGGGGCUCCGAACCAUGGAAGUGCGUCACAAAGCCCAGGAGGAAAAUACUGAUCAAGCUCAGUGAUUCUCCACCAGGGGGGGCAUAUGACAUGAUUUUGGGGUCCCUGGAUUUUGGGAAAGCAUUUUAGUAAGCGUCGGAACGGAAAAUGUUGAGAGCCCCUCACAUAGAGUACUUUUUACAAUUCAUGAUGGCUGAUCUGCUUGGGAAAUACACAGUUGUGUAUGGACUGGCAACUGAUGAAAGACCAAAACGUUUUCCUUGGGAGUGUGACGGAGAGGUUCUUCAUGCACACACACACACCUAUCCUUUUACAAUCUGUAUACAACCUGACCAUGACGUCACAAAAUACCUCAGACUGACAUCACUGCAACCAGGUUUGCCCACUGGGACUAGAAUGCUGGGAGGGUGGCGCAGGAGGUGUCCCUCAUACCUGUGUGUGUGGAGAUUAUUUUUUAGGAUCAUCAGUUGCUGUUGUCAGUUACAGGCACAAUCUGUGAUAUUUCCUGCUGUUCAAUGGUCAUGUCAAUGAAUACCCAUUGGUUCUUGAUGAAUAUAACUUUAGAAAUGCCUUAUGGAUUUAGUGCAACUGCAUUACUCUAUCAUAAUCCAAAAUAUAGGUUGCAAUGCUCCAUGUUUUAGCUUUUUUUUGUCAUCUUACUUUUUGUUAACAAUAAUUGUAUAAUUUAAAGAAAUGUGUAUGUUUAAAACUAUCAUAUCAAUCUUUUUGAUAACCCUUGUAUCCAUAGCUGAGUGUAUGAAUUUGACAGUGGUUGCAUUUCUUCAGUUCCACCUCCCUGCUUAAAUGGCGGCUGCUGUGGUUGGGCUGAAACAUUGUGGUAUUAAAAUCUAGAUUGUAGUAGAGGUUUUGAGUUUUAGAACAUUGGUAUACACAGUAUUGACACAGGACACUGUAGGAGGACAGAUAAGUCUUAAAACCUUUUCAAAUAUCCAAGACUGAUUUAUACACUUUAUGCAAUGAUCAGUCUGUACUUUUGAUGUAAACUGUUAUGCCUGUAUUGCUUGUAUCAACAUUUCUAUGUCUCAAAUGUGCUUGGAAAUAAAUAAACAAAGACCAUGAAUUAUGGCUGAUUCGUGUGUUUAUUAUUACAUUUGACAGUCAGGAAGCUUCAUGUAUUUUCUCAAACCAGCAACUGCAACAUGCAGUUGUCUCUGAGUAUGGAGCGCAAGAGCUGGUCAGUUAAUGGCUUUCAGGGCGUUUGUUUACACUGGGUCUCAGUUAGAGCACAGCUUGUCCUCAUCAGAGUAGAUCUGGGCUGGUGUGUUGUAUGAAGGCAUAAAAA